CCCCACAACGCCCACAUGGCCCGGAUGAAGCUUCACUACGCGGAUCUCACCGACGCCUCGUCUAUCCGCCACUUGAUCGACACGAUCUCCCCCGAUGAGAUCUACAAUCUCGACGACCAGUCCGACGUGGCGCCCUCCUUCGAGAUCCCUGAUUACAUCGUUGAUGUGGUCGCCACGGUUGCCCUCCGCCUCCUCGAGGCCGUGCGUUCUCACGUCUCCGCUACCGGCCGCAGCCACAUCCGUUACUGCCAGGCUGGGUCUUCAGAGAUAUUUGGGCCUCAGGAAUAUGAAUAUUGGCUCUGGAAUCCGCAGACACCGCUGUCUGAGACAUCCCUGUUCAACCCCCGGUCCCCCUACGCGGUGUCCAAGUGCACUGCGCAUCGGUACGCGGUUCACUACCGCGAGGCCCACGGGUUGUUCGUGUGCAACGGUAUCCUGUUCAACCACGAGUCCCCGAGACGGGGCGAAAACUUCUUGAGCCGGAAGAUCACGAGGGCUGUCGGGCGGAUCAAGAUGGGGCUGCAAAGCAAGUUCUUCCUGAAGAAUUUGGAUGGCAUUCAGGAAUGGGGUUUCGCCGGGGACCACAUGGAGGCGAUACAUAUUUUAACAUGGAUGAUGCUGCAGCAAGAAAAACCGGACGACUACGUGAUCGCAACAGAGUGGCACGCGUUGGUGGACUUCUUGGAGGUUGCGUUUAAGUAUGCGGGGCUGAAUCCGUUUGACCUUGUGGAGUUCAAGUAUGUGGGGCUGAAGCCGGCAGAGGUUGACAGCAUGAAGGGAGACACGACGGUGGAGGUCGACAACAAGACCGGAGAUGCAAGUAAGGCCGAGAAAGUGUUGGGUUGGAAGCCCAAGGUUGGGUUUGAGGAGUUGGUGAAGAUGAUGGUGGACAAGGACAUUGAAUUGGCUAAGAGAGAGAAAGAGAAGGUUCUUGAUGAUGCUGCGUACAUUGACGAUGGCGUUGGGUAG